AUGGAUAACUAAACAAUUCUCACUUUACAAGUUUAUAGUAAGAAUAUAUUUUUUGAUCAUCCUUAUGAAUUAAAAUAUAUUGGAGAUAAAAUUUUAAUGUAUAAGGUAUGAUGAUCAUGCUAAUUAAAAAAGCUAAAAUAAGGAGUUUUAAUAUUUAGAUUUCAACUUUUGAUUAGAAUAAUGACUCUAAUUAAGUGGAUAAUUAAAUUUGAAAACAAUUAACCCAAAUUCAUUGGGUUUAGUAUAAAAAUUAAGAAAAAAUCUAAGACUUUCAUUAGUAAAGAUCCUGACAUACUAGUAAAGUAUAUUUUAUCAUUAAAUGAAUAUUAGAUUAAAGAAUUUACUUAGUUGUAGAUGUAGUUUUGGAAAUUUUGAUGAAUUAUUUACUGUAAAGAGUGAUAUAAGUAGAGGGUCUUCAGGAAAUGUAAAGAAAAUUCAAUGUAAAUCUACAGGAAAUGAAUUAGCUGUUAAAUAUAUAAAUAAAAAGGAUUUAACGCCAUUAAAUUAUGUAAAUAAAACAUCUAAAGAUAAGUCAAUCAUAGAGUAAGAAAUAGCUGUGAUGAAUAAAGUAAAAGGAUAUGAUUAUUUUGUGUAAAUCCAAGAUGUUUAUCAAGAUGAUUAAUAAUAUUUAAUAAUAAUGAAUUAUCUGGAAGGGUAUUCAUUGUCUAAUUAUCUGGAGAAUAAUAAAAAAUUGAAUAAGACUUUCUCUUUGUUUUAAAUAUUUUCUAUAAUGAAACGUCUAUUUGAAGCCUUAAACAAACUAUAUGAAUUGGAAGUAAAUUAAUAUCUAAAUAUAGAUCAUUCAUAGAGAUAUUAAACCUUAAAAUUUAGUAUUAGCAGAAGAAGAUGAUUUCAACACUCUCACAAUUAUUGAUUUUGGAUUUGCAACCUUUACCAAUAUUAAUAGAUAUCUAUUAUAUAAAUGUGGUACACCUGGAUAUGCAGCACCUGAAGUGUUGAAUUCUCAAUGUACAUAUUAUUCAUUUAGUUGUGAUGUUUUUAGUAGUGGUUGUUUACUUUAUCAAUUGUAAAAUAUUUAUUUGAUUUUGUAGAUUAUUUCAUGAAUUACCAUUUAAAGGUGAUACACUAGAAUAACUAAUACAUAAUAAUAGAAUAUGUUAAUUAAAUUUGGAUUUAGAUAAAUGUGAUGCUUUCUCAAAUAAUAUUAUUGUAAAUUAGAAUUUUUAUUUAUAGAGUCUCUUAAAAUCUCUAUUAGAAAAGAAAAUCUCUGACAGAAUACAUUUAAAGAAUGCUUAUGAUUAAUUUUCAAUUUUGUAUGAUCUCUAUAAGCAAAGAUACGACACUGAAGAUUGUCAUGAUUCUUCUCCUCUUGUUAAUAGAUUACCUAAUUUUGAUAUCUAAAUUGGUAGAAUAUUUGAGUAAAAUACAACAAGAGAAUCAAGAUAAAGUAUAUCAAAUUGUACAUAGUUUAUUUCUAAAUGA